UUAUUGUAGACGACGCUUUAGAUUCUCGUGCGCAAGUAUCAUACAUCUUUCUCUACGUUAUAGACGUUACGAGACACGUGAUAGGUAAAGACCAAAGGCCUAUUGCUACACUGGUGCAAUAAAUUGGAGUAGAUAAGACGCACGUUGGUGGAUCGCGAGUAAGGUUUAGAUGGACUGUAAAGGAGGAGUGGCGAAAAGAAUGCGACUGAAGAAUCGCUUGACGGCGGAGAGUAUGCUGAGCGAAUUGGUUGAGUGCUCGGUGUGUCUGGAGCAGCUCAGCCCGUUUAACAAGAUGCUGCCGUGCCAGCACACGUUCUGCGAGAAGUGCUUGGAGAUGAUUGUUAGCACCUCUCAUGAGUUACGCUGUCCGAUGUGCCGCGUUCUCGUCAAGGCUAAGGUGGAUGACCUGCCACGGAACAUGUGGAUGUCUCGUAUGGUUGAAAUAAUGCGCAACAUGACGCCAACGAACCAAACUAAUUUGACGGUGGCAUUGUCGGAGUCCUUAGGCGGUACCUCUGCGUCUGCAUCGCAACGUCUGUCGGACGUUUCAACGCCUGUUACGAACAAUCUUAUGUCCAACACUGGCUCUUCGUCGGCGGCUGCAGAAGAGACAAAUCUACAGGAGGUUAGGAAAUUAUCGAUACAAAGAUGCAUUCAAUCUUUGGUGCAUGCCUGCCAGUGCAGAGACGCCAACUGUCGUUUACCAAGUUGCCAGAAAAUGAAGCGAGUAGUGAUGCAUACGAAGAACUGCAAAAGAAAGACAAAUGGCGGUUGUCCUAUAUGUAAACAGCUGAUUGCGCUGUGUUGUUAUCACGCAAGACACUGCCAAGAGACCAAGUGUCUCGUUCCAUUCUGCUCCAACAUCAAGCACAAGAUAAAGCAGCAACAAUUGCAGCAACGAUUACAACAGGCGCAACUGCUCAGGAGGCGAAUGGCUGUGAUGAAUACGAGGCCAACCGGACCUGUAACCGCAAUGCAGGCUGGACAACAGACCUCAAACGUUGCCAUGACGACUGGAGUCGCGAUGAAACCAGGCGUCAGCACGUCGAGUUUGCCGACGCCGCAUCAACCAGGUAUUGGAUUGAAACCCGGGACGCAGGCGCCUCCUGCACAUGUUCUACAGGUGGUGAAGCAGGUGCAGGAAGAAGCAGCGAGGCAACAGGCGCUGCACAGUUUCGGCAAGGUGACGCCUGUCGGUGGUGUCGGCGUGGGCGGCCAAACGGGUGGGGUGAUGCCGCCGCCGCAGAUGCAACGCCCGUUGCCGGUUCAGAUGCCGAAUCCCAGCGGCACGCAUCUCAUACCGAUGGAUCAUUGGACGGCAAGCAGGUAUCAAUCAAAUACGGUGAUGCAACAAAAUCCCAAUUUGGCGCGACAGCAGACGCCGCAACAGCUGAUGCAGCAGCAACAGCUGAUGCAGCAGCAACAUUUGAUGCAGCAGCAACAGCAGCAGCAGCAGCAUCAUCAUCAGGCUCAACCAAUGGGUGCACAAAUGCCGCGGCAACCGGGCGUGAUCGGACCGGUUGGACAGGUCGGUCCACAGACAAGCAACAUGCAGAAGCAUGCUCUUCAACAGCUGAUGCAGACUCUCAGGAGUCCGCACACGCCCGAUCAGUAGAACCAAAUGCUCCAAAUACUCAAGAGCAAUCCACCGUUGAUGGUUGCUCUUAUCAAACAACGAAAAGCGAAUGGCUGUGAUGAAUACGAGGCCAACCGGGGAUCUGUAGGCCCUGUAGCUGAAAUGCAGACUGGACAACAGAUGAACAGACCCCAAACGUUACCGUGAUGACUGAAGUUGCGAUAAAACCUGGCGUCAGGACGUUGAAUUUGUUCUUUCCCUCAUAAUUGACCGAUACCGUUGCUGUGAUUGGAUAGAUUGCCAUCGCCACAUCCAAAAAAUAGGAAUUUACAACAGGCUGCUAGCACGCUCGGGAAAGUGAUUUUAUAUGAACAAAAAAGUAUUAAUUUUGAUGAGCCGGACAAUGCCCGCCAUGUUCCGCAACUUUUACUACCGUCGCUUUUAUAGUUUUUGAAAACGCAGAACGGAUAUUUCUUGUGUGAAAAACUUGCUAUUUAUAAAUAAAAGCAAUAUAUAUAAGUU